UUACGGCGGAGACUGUGGACCGCGGCGGCGCUCGCAGAGGCUGCAGCCAUUGCAUAGCCGAGCAUCCCACAUUCAACAGGAGGAACCCGCGGGAGAGGAGCCCCAAUCCCCCAGCUCCGCAGACACCGCAGCCCGUGCGCCCCGCGCCCUCGAGCGCCAUGGCCAAGGAAGGAGUGGAGAAGGCGGAGGAGACGGAGCAAAUGAUCGAGAAGGAGGCAGGCAAGGAGCCUGCGGAGGGCGGCGGUGGCGACGGAUCGCACCGCCUCGGGGACGCCCAGGAGAUGCGCGCGGUGGUGCUGGCCGGCUUCGGGGGUCUCAACAAGCUGCGGCUCUCCAGGAAGGCCAUGCCCGAGCCUCAGGACGGCGAGCUCAAGAUCCGCGUCAAAGCCUGUGGAUUAAACUUCAUUGACUUGAUGGUGCGACAAGGGAAUAUUGACAACCCUCCCAAGACUCCCCUGGUGCCAGGAUUUGAGUGUUCUGGGAUUGUUGAAGCUCUGGGGGACAGCGUGAAAGGAUAUGAGAUUGGGGACCGUGUCAUGGCAUUUGUCAAUUACAAUGCCUGGGCAGAGGUGGUCUGCACACCAGUGGAGUUUGUCUACAAGAUCCCGGAUGACAUGAGCUUCUCCGAGGCUGCUGCAUUCCCCAUGAACUUCGUCACAGCCUACAUGAUGCUGUUUGAAGUUGCUAACCUCCGGGAAGGGAUGUCUGUGCUCGUGCACUCAGCUGGUGGUGGCGUGGGUCAAGCUGUGGCUCAGCUGUGUUCCACUGUCCCCAAUGUGACUGUCUUUGGAACAGCCUCUACUUUCAAGCAUGAAGCAAUCAAAGACUCUGUGACCCACCUCUUUGACAGAAAUGCAGACUAUGUGCAAGAAGUUAAAAGAAUCUCUGCUGAAGGCGUGGACAUUGUUUUGGAUUGCCUCUGUGGGGACAACACUGGAAAAGGUCUCAGUCUCCUCAAACCCUUGGGAACCUACAUUUUAUACGGCUCAUCCAACAUGGUAACUGGAGAGACCAAGAGCUUCUUCAGCUUUGCAAAAUCAUGGUGGCAGGUGGAGAAGGUGAACCCCAUCAAGCUGUACGAGGAGAACAAAGUCAUCGCAGGGUUUUCCCUUUUAAAUCUGCUCUUCAAACAAGGCCGGGCGGGCCUCAUUCGGGGAGUGGUGGAAAAACUCAUAGGGCUCUACAACCAGAAGAAGAUCAAGCCUGUGGUGGACUCCUUGUGGGCUCUGGAGGAGGUGAAGGAGGCCAUGCAGCGGAUUCAUGACCGAGGGAACAUUGGCAAGUUAAUUCUGGAUGUAGAAAAGACCCCAACUCCACUGAUGGCCAAUGACAGCACAGAGACCAGUGAAGCAGGGGAAGAGGAGGAGGACCACGAGGGAGACAGCGAGAACAAGGAGCGGAUGCCCUUUAUCCAGUAACCCAGGACCCAGGUGGGAGAAUGUGAAGGAUGGUUUGGAAGACGAGGACCCGGCUGAGAAAACUCUUCUGUGCCCCAGUGAACAAAUGCUGUAGUCCAGUGCGUGUCGUGUUUGUCUGCAGUCAGCUGAGCUACAAAGCUGUUGAUCACUGUUUUUUGAAAUUAAGUGCCAAUCCCAUGCCAUGCAGUAUUAUGCCCCUCUUCUAUCUCUGUAUUACACACUCCCCUCUCCCCUGUAUCAAAACCAUCCACCUGUGGGUUCUUCUUGACAGUUCUAGAACAGCCUUGCAAAUUAAUACAAGCCCCAGGCCCAAUGCCUAAGAGACCAGACAUGGGCAAAGACAAGUUUGGAUGGAAAGGUGUUAUCAUAGAGCCCUGGGUUCAGCUCCUAGAAUUCUUCAGGCCAAUGACACUUUUUUGCUGCUGAUGACCCAUGCCUCUGAUGAGAACACUUGCUAAUUUGGCCAGCAGAAAGAGAGUAGGCUGGAUGUUUUCACAAGCUCACAAAUUUAGAAACUCUCUUAGUAGUACUUUUUCCUGUCUCCAUUUAAGAGACGACUAUGAUCAAAAGUUUGAGCCAUUUUCUUCUACCCCUUCAGUGUUUGACCCUUUCACUGGCUCUUAUCCAUAAACAGAGGGAGGCAGGUAUGGAUUUUUCACAGAAGACAAUGGGUCAGUGUCAUGAGUUUGAGGACCUGCUGUGAAGAUUUAUCCUCCAAAACACAUCUCAUGAGCAGGAUUCUUCCUGCUCCAUAUCUUUAAUUUUAAGAAAACACCACAUACGAGAUGCAUUCAGAAGUCAUUCUUGAGCAUUGCUGGUGUUUGCACACUUGCCACCUGCAUUACCAAUUCUGUAAACUUGAAUUUCUGGGGGAAAGUGACCACAUUGACCAUGCAUGAAUUUCCCAAAGAGUUCCCUUGCGGACCAUAGGUGGAAAAGUCAAGGAGCAUCUCCUAUCCCGGCCAAAGCAGGUCCCAACAUGUAACAAACUCUAGUGAUAUAAAAGGUUUAUAUUCAGCAUCUGACGCCAGAUGUACAGUUCCUCCCCUCCCAUAUAUAAACCCCUGGUGUAGAAUCUGCUUCACCCCUGCUCUUGGGAAACCAAGGAACAAGCCACCUGCUCACACACCUUGUUCAAUUUUUCAGCUCCUAAGAACCCCACCCCCAUGUCAUUUGACUGCACUUGAGAGGUGAAUAUAGUUACCCUCGAGAAAGAGAAGGAUCUCAAUGUCUCCCCCUAAGGGUGCCCCUCACUCCCUCUUUCCAGUCCUUUUGGCUAAAAUGGUUAACUGUCACUCACAGACCAAUCUGGAAAUCCCAGGAGCUCACGGGAUUAGUACCCCAAGUUUGUGUUCUGAAAAACAACAGAGGGCUUUUUACGUUGCCCAGUUUCUCCACCAACAAGCCUUAGGGUGGACCCAACCCUUUCCCCAAGUGGUAGGAACGAAUGCAUCUUAUCAAUUACCUGAUUUCCAAAGUCCUUUUGUAGCAAAUGUCACCUCAUUCGUGUUCUUUUUUCCUAUCCUAAGCUUAAGAUGAUGAGUUAUGUAUGCCAAAUAUUUAUCUGAAGAGUUUCUCCCCAUUGUGAAUGUGUAUGUAAAAUAUGAAGACAAGGAAGGGUGCCGUCAUCUGAGGAACCAAGGGAUGAGAGUAUCCCAAAAGAGGACACCAACAUCAUUCUUUUCUUCCUACUCCAGGACCCACCACUAUUCCAGUUCUGGGCCAUUUAGAGAGAUAAUGGGGCGUUUAUUCCCCUAUUACCUUUGCUAAGUGCUAUAUUAUUGGCUGUUUCUCCCGUAACCAUGCUGAAAAGGGGGUCUUAGGGAGAACUGUCAUCCGAGUGGCAUUCCUAGUAAGUUGGGCAGAAAUGACAUUUUCCACAGCUGAAGGAGUGAAGAACCACUGGCCAUAUUAGAGCUCUCCUUCCCCAGGGGCGUGGGAACUCAGCUACGUUCAGAAUUCACGUGGCCUUUGUUAUGACCAGAGGAGAGGCAUAAAAAAGGUACUCCCCACCCCACCCCCAAAUCUGGGUAUGGUUUUGUUUUAACUAGCAAAGUUACUCCAGUAAUCACAAAUUAUGCCAGAUGGUUAAAGAAAACCCUUUCAGAGUACAGAAUGAGAAAACUCGAGUUUGACCAGUAAGACUAAUUUCUGCCGUGAAGAACCGGGGGACGCACGUUCAUUGUUUAAUGUACUCUCAUUUUAAGCACCUUCUUUCCUGUCUCUUGAUUGUUUUUUCUGAGGGAAGUGUAAAGAAUGUCUCAGUCUGCCUUAAAGGAACUGUGAAGGCUUCUCUGUAAUUUAAGCUUGAUUGAAGUGAACUGAAACAUUGUCUAACGUCUUCGUGGCUUUAGAGCUUUUGUUAUAUUGUGCCUACAAAGCAAAUUAUGUUUACAUAAAAAUAUAAAUAAAGUAUUCAGCAUAGCAAAA